UUAAAAUAUUGUUGCAAUAUGUACUGUAUCUGGAAUAAAUUGCUAAGUUUUUUUUAAAUUUCAUGUUAGAAUUAAAGUUGAAAUCUUAGUAGAAAAUAUAUAGAAAUAUUAGAUAUUUCUUCUAAUUGCAUAUUAUGAAAUUUAAGAAGGUGCAGCAGAAACUAGGGGAAUGUUAAUCACUGAUAAUAUUACUGCAUAUAUUGGUGGUGGCUAUUGCUCCAGGUUCGUGCACUGGAUGAUGUUACUGAUACAGAGGAAAAGGUGAAGGAGCAACAUUGAUCCUUCAUUAAUUGCUACUGGAAAAGAUGGAGAUUAUUGAAAUUAUGUCAAAAAGACAAAAGCUAAUAAAGCAGAAACAGUGGGAAGAACAAAGAAUCUUGCGUAAGCAAAAAUGUAAAGAAAAACACUUGAAGAGAGAAAUGGAAUGCCAAUCUCAGCUGGAAUCAAACAGUGAAGGAAGUGUUAGGAAACAUAUGCAUAGGGAUAUUGUUCCUAGUGUACUUCUUAUAAUAGACUGAAGUUUUGACAAUUUAGUGGGGUUAAAGGAUGUCAAGAAACUUCAUAAGCAAAUUCAGAAGUGUUAUGCAGAAAAUCGUAAAGCACUUCAUCCUGUUCAGUUUUACUUGAUCAGUCAUGGAAGCCAGCUGAAGGACAACAUGAAUGAAACAGACAAGGGAUGGAUAAAUUGGAAGGAUAUUAAUAUUAAAUCAGCUCAUUAUAGUGAUUUGGUGAAAAAGGAAGAUCUUGUUUACCUUACCUCAGAUUCUCCAGAUGUCUUGAGUGAAUUAAAUGAAUCAAAAACCUAUGUUAUUGGAGGCUUGGUUGAUCACAGUCAACACAAGGGAAUUGCACACAAAAGAGCAAAAGAACAAGAUAUAAGCCAUGCACAGCUCCCCCUAGGAAACUUUGUGAAAUUUUAGUAGUUUAGGAAACAUGUUGAUAUAGUAAUCAAAGUAGUUCAGUUGUAAUUCUAAAAGCCUUUUUUAAUUUUCAUUUACUUUAAUAUCACUAGUACAACUAUACACAUAGAAUGGCCAUCUCUUUUGGGAAAGGGACUAGCAUUGUGCAGGGCCGUAGCUUUUAGAAUUUUUAGUUUUUUAAAAAACACAAGCUAGCUGAAGGGAACUUUAGUUUCAAUUCUAACAUGAGAGGAAAUUUCUCUAGAAAUAAACAUGAUUUAUGCUCAUGACAUCUUCAGAAAUCAUCUAUUUUGCUGAUCUGAACUGUUCAUUUUGCUGAUCUGAACUGUUCAUUUAAAAACAUAUUUCCCAAUUAUUUUUAUGUACAUAUUCUUGAAGCUUAAGAAACUUUCUUUGAUUAAUUACUGUGACCUAUUCUAAAUUUAUGAACUAAGAAGUAGGUUCCACUAAUUGGAAUGAAAUUUACUGUUUUAAACUUUUGAAGUUACUUGGAAUGUUUCAGGUCAUGUAUUGAAAUAAAUAUUUAUUUUUGAUUUUAUAUCCUUGAGAUUCCAAUUUUAGCAUUUUUUUAAAAAAAAUACUGUAUUAUUUUAGUUAGUUAGACCAGUGAUUGCCCUGACUCAGGCCAGAUAGGACAGAUAACAGUAUUAUGUCUAAUUUGAUGUUCAGUAGUCAAAACAUUGAUUAUCUGAUUUUUGGAAAGGAAUAUUUCUAUCCAUAGAAAUUAACACAGAAUAUUUUGUGUAGAAAAUAUUAAGCUAUGAAAUUUACUGUCUUUAGGACCGCUGUAGUGCUUCUAGCUUGUGAACAGUUUUGGGGGGGGGGAGAGGGGAGAGUUGGGAUUCACAGGUGCUCCUUAUCAAUGUGAGAGCCGAAGCCACUAAGGA